AUGGAGCAUAAGAAGACAUCAGGACGUCAUAAAAAUCCAUUGGAGAAAAUAGAGAAUGAAUCUGCUCGAUUCACCACAUUCUCUAAACGACGUUCUGGCUUAUACAAAAAAGCUUGUGAACUUGUUAGAGAAUGUGAUGUCGAUCUUGGAAUUAUUAUGUUUUCACCGAAAGGUAUACCUUAUUCCUUUAUUAGUCCAACCUCUAAUGUGGUCAUUGAUCGUUUUAUAAAUCCUACAACAAAAUUAAAUGCAAGUGACCGACUUGUUGCGGUAGAAGCACGCAAAAAAGUAAGUCAAUUUAAUGAUAUUCUUAAUGAAUUGGACGAAAGAGAAAAGAUUGCAAAUGAAAAAUUAGAUCGAAUGAGUGAGGCUAGAGAUAUAGGUUGGUGGGAGUCCAUAGACCGAUUCAGUGUACAUGAUACAAUGAAGUUUGAAGCUUGGUUAAUUUCCGGUGAAUUUAGUUUGAACGAACAUUUGGAGCAGCUAGAAAAUGGAGCUUCAUCCUCCUCACAGAUUCCAUCAGAUGAUGCAAAUAUCUAA